AUGCAGAGAAGUUUAUGGCAGGAUAUAGAGGACCAACUGAAGAAGUUUAUGAAACAUUUGGACGAUCCUAUUGUGGAGCUAUAUGCAGCUAAUUGUUCAAACAGGGGUUACACAUAUCCGCCCAAGGGAAACAACCCGGUCGUAGCUAACGUGGGAGACACACUUAUGUGCAAACUCAUGACAGGAGCAUUAUAUUUUAUGAAUGAGAACAGUUGGAAUAUGGGGCGCGCGAAUACAGUGGUUACUAAUGAUGAUGAACUGAAGGAAUAUGUGCGGUGUGCCAUAGUAAAUAUAUUUAUGUACAUAUUGCUGGCAUCUCCAUGCAGAAGUCAAAUGGGUGUAUAUUAUGCAUGGGAGACAAUGAAACAGCUGGAGACAGUUUCGACUGGAUUAAUUAGUCAGGGCAAGUGCCAGCGGGGCGUGUUUCUAAACAUAAAAACACAGGAAUUCGACAUGGAGGAAAUGAUUAAGAACUGGUUAAAAGACAACAAGAGCUGGACUGAAAAAUUUGAAGGGAAACGCAUACAAAGCACAUGUACGCAAAAAUUAGCACCACUUCCGGGGGCACCGCAGGAUGCAAAUGCCACGGAUGAUAAAAUACAAACGACGACAGAGGAGACAGCCGUUUUCACGCACUUAGGGACAGAGAUCAAGGUAUUGGUUCGGGAGGUGCCGCCGCAGCUCAUGCAACCGGCGCCGGAAAAUGGAGUAUCCACGCACACUAGCGAAGACGACCAAGGUAGCGAUCCGCAGGAUGACGCAAGUAAGGCCAUAGUAUCGAACUCUGUCGCCGGCGGCACACCAGCACCAUCCGGCAAAGUAGACGGCACAGAAUCGUCCACACCCGCCACGACGAUUACUGAGCCGGCAACACAAACGGAACCGCCAGGUUCAGGGGCCGCUAAGCCUGUGCCACCAAAACCGGCAGCACCCGGGGGAUCAGGCGAAGUAGGCCACGCACCGGGUCAAGGACCAGGACCUGGACAACAACCCCCACCUCCAGCACAGCAGUCACAACCGGGGCAGCAGGGGACACAGCAGAAUAAGGAUAGUGAUAAAUCUAAAGUGAGCUCAGGAGAAGCAGGUAAGAAUGCAAUCCAGAAUAUAGAGGGACCUAGCACCAGUGAGAACUCUCCAGAGCGUGAGGAAGAUUGUAGCAAGUAUGAGCAUGAUGUUAACAAAGUCAGCGCGUGCAUAGAAAGAGUAUUAGACGAAGAGAAAAAAAGCCACGGAGGUCCUCAGGAGGGGCAGGACGACGUACCCAGUAAGGGUGUUUGGGGUGCACAUGGAGUUCUGGGCAUCAUAGAAGUAUCCAAGGGAACUGUACCUGAUACCUCCCAAGUACCCACAGGUACCAACCAUGGACACUUGAUCACGGACGAGAGAACAAACAACAAAAACAAAUCAAGCAACAAUUUCCGGAGAGAACACGGACAGACAACACGGAGCGAGAGAAACCAAACGUCGAAUGAGAAUGAUGGCGGCAGCGCGAUCGGUAAAGCUGAUGCCACUGAACCCAAGGUUACUACUGUGGACAACCAGGAUACACAGGCCACUGGGAGUGAACAACCUGAUGGUCCAGCUAAGCCUGAUACUCAGAAUGGACAUGUGCAAUCUACUGAGGACAAAGGGGGGACAAGUACUACACAAACGGACUCUGAAAAAGUUACCUCCCCGGAACCUCCAGGUUCCCCUGGUGAGUCCAGUAAUCCCACAGAUCCGCAGAGCGGGGGAACUCAAGAGUCCUCCGAAGUAGUACCACACAAGGAUAGUGAGCCAUGGGGGGGUGACAUGUUCAACGGAGACAUAAUGAAGGAUUCGACAAAGUGGUUUGAACCGUGGGAUACAACGACAGAGGGUAAACCUAAAAAAACGGUUGACUCAGGUUCCGGAGUUCCCGACUCUAAUGGACAACAGAACCCUUCUUCAUCUAGUCCUUCAUCUGUCCCGAGUACUAAUAAUUCACAAAGUCCUGGUCCCCAAAGGACAAGUGCAGGUACUGAUUUCGGCCUAGAAUUAAAUCCUCCCAAAGCAGAAGGUGAUUUAGGAGGAAAUUAUGGACCACGUACCCCACAGGUUCCUCAUCGUAUAGGCCCAAAUAAGGGUCUGUCGCAUGAUGGUGGCCCGGAAGCACCCGACCUAACCGCCGUGGUCCUUACCGCCACUACUCCCGUACUCUUCUUCCUGUCCGCCGUCACCGUUGCCCUUCUUGGUUAUUCCCUUUGGAAGUACUUUGCGCACCUUGCCAAACGACGACGAAAGUUUCGAACCGUUCGUGACGUGCCGUCACCGCCACUCGACGAAGAAAUAUUGCAGCAUCUACAACGCGGCGAACUGCCGCCACCCGAUUACGGGUACACGAUGGUUAGGGAACGACGUCGCGAUAGAAUUGCAGACCGCCGCGGACAACGCCCACCACGCGUGCAUACACGCACGAUUAUCGAGCUACAUCUACAAGUGCUCAACGAAUGUGAAGUGACCGCAUGGCAAAACGUCAAAGACGACUAUUUGCAGAUACUCGUGGAGCAGUUUGCACAUGACUUGCUGCAGGACGCGGAAACGAAUACCAAUAUCUUGGGUGUUUCUACCACAAACGAGGGUCCUCCAGGGACCACUGUUUCCUGGACCUUGGAUCCACCCACCGAUUCCGACGGCACAGAUCCAUGUCCACCACAGGACCCUGAUCCCUGGAAGUGUAUGGAAACCAUACAGUUCGCCACGGACACUUGUCCACCUAAUGACGAUGACCCCGAUCCAGCCACACACACACCCACCUGUGCUGCUCAUGAGCCCGCAAUCACACAACACACAGUCACAAGCGAUACUGUCACAGACAGACCCACAUCCCGAAAUCACACAACCACCAGGCUCCGAUAA